UCCUGAACAAGGCCUGGCACGGGCAUCCAUUUGUUGAGCGACUUUAUGAUGGCCGUUACAGCUGACCGUUGCUGCUUACUCGUUCUGGCAAGAUUUGUGCCCCACGUUGAGCACACAUUUUUUUGUUCCAACUUCAUGAUGAUGGUGUGAAUUCAGGACUGUUGUAAUUUGCGUUUACCAGACACAGAAACAGAGGUCCAGAGAGGUUAAGUAACUUGCUCAAGAUCACACAGACGGCAGGUGAUAGAAUUUGAAGUCAGGUCAGCAAUGUCAUCUGAGCCUCCCCCGCCGCCACAGCCCCCCACGCAUCAGGCUUCGAUCGGGCUGCUGGACACCUCUGGGGCCCGAGAUCGGUCACCAUCUCCUCUGAGAGGCAACGUGGUCCCCAGCCCGCUGCCCACUCGCCGGACAAGGACCUUCUCGGCGACGGUGCGGGCUUCGCAGGGCCCUGUCUACAAAGGAGUCUGCAAGUGCUUCUGCCGGUCCAAGGGCCACGGCUUCAUCACCCCCGCUGACGGUGGCCCCGACAUCUUCCUGCACAUCUCCGACGUGGAAGGGGAGUACGUUCCCGUGGAAGGCGACGAGGUUACCUAUAAGAUGUGUUCCAUCCCGCCCAAGAACGAGAAGCUGCAGGCCGUAGAGGUGGUCAUCACCCACCUGGCACCGGGCACCAAGCACGAGACCUGGUCUGGGCACGUCGUCAGCUCCUAGGGGACCCAGAAGCACCCCUUCUCCUGAGCAUGUGGGAGACUCUGUGGGGAGCAGGAGUCAGGGCCACACUGGAGAUGAUCUACCGCACGAGACGGGGCUUCUAGGGGGACACAGUCCCUUCUGAGUGUCUCUGGAGGAAGGGGUGGGGCAGGCCCGGGUGCCCCCGGCCAUCAGCAGCUUCCUCCCGUCAGCAAGCUGUCACCUCCUGGAAAGCAUUAAAGGCAUUUAGAAAGGA